AUGGACGACGAUUAUGUUGCCAAGGUCCUGGCCAAGGAGGCUAAGGAGAGCUCUAUAAAAUAUGCAUCUCAAGGGAUGAGUGCUUUUAUGCCUUCAAGGCCGACAAGCAAUGCCCCAAAACCCAAUACCCGCUUCCUACGGAAUCUCAUCAAAGUAACAGACAAUCAUAACACAGCUCUCAAGCUCAAAGAGGAAAGAGAAGCACGUGAGCGUAUGCGCCAACUGAAAUAUAAGGCCUCGGGUACUUCAGUGAAGUGCGAGGAUCAAGAGACCGCCGGAGAGGAGAUCGGGAAGAUCGCAAUCGCUCGCAUCGAAAAAGAACACGAAGUCGCUCCCCUUCGGCUGAACGAGACCGAUCGCGGAGGCAUCGACGAAGAAACGAAGAGUAUGACGGAACUAGAGAGAGGGACAAAGACCGCGAUGGACAUCGGCAUGAACACAGGGAUCACGAGUCAUCUAGGAGGGGUCGACGGGACAGAGAUAAGGAACACACCAGGCGGCGACCCAUUCUCCACACAGGACCGAAGUACCGACCGUCAUCGCCAUCGAAGACACAAACGUCAAUCUGGACAUUCUGCUCGCUCCGUUUCCCGUUCCCGCUCACCAGAGUCGUACAAAUCUCGGCGGUCAAAGCGGGAAGAUGCAUCGCCACAUGGCUCCCGCCGUUCACACCUUGAGACCAGCACGCAGCAUAAACGAGUGUCGCCGUUGUCUACUAUAACUGCACGCCAAAGCGAGAUGGGCGACGAAUCCGAUCCCUUAGAAGACCUUGUCGGACCACUUCCUCCUCGACAAGACGAGGCACCUAUCCGCUCGCGCGGGCGAGGUGCCUAUAAACACAACAUGAGCAAUAUCGAUGCUCAUUUUGCACCCGGCUACGACCCAGCCACCGAUGUGCAUCUAGAUGAAGACAAAUUACACUCCAUGGGCCAGGAGUCCUCUCGUCGUCCUGUCGCAGGGCUCAUGACAAAAGACGAUGACUGGGACAUGGCAAUGGAGGCGCUGCGUGAUCGUGAACGCUGGAGAAGCAAGGGCGAGGAAAGGCUACGUACAGCAGGGAUUGAUGAGGCAGUUAUUGAUAAAUGGAAGAAUAACACUGCUUUUGCGGGCAUGGACGGAGAAGGCAAACCGGAGGAUGUACAGUGGUCGAAGAAAGGCGAAGGACGGGAAUGGGAUCGCGGCAAGUUUGUGGAUGAUGAUGGUCAUAUUGAUAUUCGGGCGGCCUGGUAG